UACAGAAAACAAAAACAGCAACAAAGGAGAAGGAAAUAACAGCAACAGCAAAAACCUCUUGUUUCCAUUUCUUGGUUGUAUAGAAGGAAUACCUGUAUAGUAUCUAAGUAAGUGAGAGGUUCUGAUGUGGUCUGAAUCAACAGGACAACCUUGGGGCUGCCAAGGUUGCAGGUCAUUCCCUCCUCCACCCCACCUCAGGUAGAAGCCUUUCUUCAGGUUUGCUCCACCCGAUUGGUGCCCCAAAGGUGAAAUUCCACCAGUUGUAUUCAGACCUCUACAACUCCCAGUCUACUGCGAAAUGGUUGCUGCUUAAUGUGACCCAGCACACAAACAUGUGGACAUGGGAUAAGCAUGACUCCCACGCAGCCCAGAGGAGCUAUGUAGGUCAGAUUUUGAAACCGCACCCAGAGUUAUUUAGAAAGGUGUUUAGAACUCAUGGGUCGAUUGGCUUUGUUUGAAACAAUGCUGUUGCCCUAGUAGAAAACAAUAAAGCUGAUUAUACUUCUUUUCUCUCGAACUUCAAAGCUUCUCGAGGGAGAUAGAUGCCACAUAAUUCUCCAAGGAGAUGUGGUGAGAAGAAAUUGGGUCCUAUAGCUAGCUUGUAUGGUGGAAAAAGAAAUCAAAAAGCAUGGGGGGAAAUAUUGAAACUAUAAGUAAAAGUAAAAUGUGAAAAUAUGAAGCUGAGCAAAGGGAUCAUUUGUAUCCAAGGUAGAAAGAGACUUUUUUAAAAAAAAAAAAACUGGUAAGAUAUUGUGGAUAAAGAGGAAUAGAUACAUAAUUUUUUGUUGGCUGUGGAGGAGGGCAGUGAAUAUCAUACAUAAAUUAUGCAGAAAAUUUGCCAUUGCUAGAGAAUAUUUAGAAUUUGUAUCAAAGCUCUUUCACAUAUGGCAGGUGAUUUUUUUUGUUUUGAUUUUGGUGUUUUUUUGUACAUCCUGUCUCAUCAUCUAGUCUAGACAUUGGACCUCCUUUGCUCAAAAUCCAGGUACCUUUAUUUUCUAUUCAAACAAGACAUCAAUGAGAAUGAACUCAAACAGUUGCAACAGCUUUCUCUCCUUCCACUGAAGUUUUGACAGCAACCACAUAAAACAAAACCAGCUGGGGAUGUAAGUAGAUGGUGAAGAGGCAGUCCUAGGUGGGAAGACUGUGAUGAUGGAAAAAUCUGGCCCUCGAUUAAUGAAUGGUACCAACACCUUUCAUGUCGCCUGUUAGAAUGGCACACAAGACCUAGUGAGACAAACAGGAAGAAAAGAGAAAGAUCUUAUCUUCUUAAUUGACCUAAUCUCACCUCCUCCCCUGUAACUAUGCAGGAUUUGUAACACCUAACUUCCUUUAAUUGCAUCAAAUGCCUCACCCAGAAACAAGGCACAGUGGUGAUUAUGAAUGGUGAUUAUGAAUGAAAAGACACUUGGCCUCUGUCCUCCUUAUCAUUAGCCCUGCAAACUUACCUAGGGAAAGCUGCUAUGGGACUCACUUCUUACAUUUUUGUUUUUGUUCGUUCGUUUGUUUGUUUGUUUGUUUGUUUUAAGGGAAUGUUUUUUUAUUUAAAAAAGUUUUUUUAGUUCUUUAAUUUUAAGCCAAACCCUUUGUCCCAAACAGAGUGUACAUCCUAUCCUCUUACUAUUCCUAACUUAUAUUAUAAAUGUUGGAGUCAACUAAAGUAGCCACAAUAAUGGAAUAACCACUGUGGAUAAUGAAAGCUUUUAGUUUGGGAGAGCAGGGGGAAAAAGAAAGAAAAGGCCUGCUCAGAAUUGCAGAGCCAGGGAGUCUGGCAGUUUUCCCUCAUAUUCCUGUGAUAGACAAAUUGUUAGUUAGCACACGUAUAAUUUAUUAGUAAUUGCUCUAAUUUGCCUCCUAAGUUUCUAAGUUGCCAGUUCACUGAGAUCAACUAUUUUGUACUUGUAAAAUAGGAAUCAGAUGGUAAUUUAAUGAAGUUGCUAGCCAGUUCAGGGUAAUUUUUGCACAAAUGCAGUUACUGCCAUUAUACUUUAGAAAGGUGGGGGAGGAAUAAAGUGUCAAACUUCUUAGAAGCCCAGUGACUAAUAUCACUCACUGAGGUUAUACACACACAUUUUCCUCUGGUGAACAUGUGGCUACAGAGAUAACUGGCUUCCCAUUGGGUUGGGUGGCAGUCUGUUUUAAAGAAAUGCUCACAUCCUCUUUGGAGCAUUGUCUUGACUGCCAUGUAAUGGACAGGAAGCCCUAUCAUGGGUGGUCAGGGAGGUGAAGCAGAGGCCUAGAGAGUCCUGCAAAUAAUGGAAAGCAGAGCCAGAAGUACAAAUAUGGAAAUCCUCUAUGAAUGUAGAAGCCAUUAGCGAGUAAUUGCUGUCUGUUGCCAUGACAACCAGCCGCUGCAGUCACCUGCCUGAAGUCCUGCCAGACUGCACAAGCUCAGCUGUGCCUGUGGUGAAGACUGUGGAGGAUUGUGGCAGCCUAGUGAAUGGGCAGCCACAGUAUGUCAUGCAAGUUUCAGCCAAGGACGGGCAGUUGCUGUCAACAGUAGUGCGGACUCUUGCCACCCAGAGCCCCUUCAAUGACCGGCCGAUGUGCAGAAUCUGCCAUGAGGGCAGCAGCCAAGAGGACUUGCUUUCUCCAUGUGAAUGUACUGGGACCUUGGGGACCAUUCAUCGGAGCUGUCUGGAGCAUUGGUUGUCCUCCUCAAACACCAGCUACUGUGAACUCUGCCACUUCAGGUUUGCAGUUGAGCGAAAACCCAGACCAUUAGUAGAGUGGCUCAGAAAUCCUGGCCCCCAGCACGAGAAGCGGACUCUGUUUGGAGACAUGGUGUGCUUCUUAUUUAUCACCCCUCUGGCCACCAUCUCAGGCUGGCUGUGCCUGCGGGGUGCCGUGGACCACCUGCACUUUAGUAGUCGGCUCGAAGCCGUGGGACUGAUUGCACUCACUGUCGCACUCUUCACCAUUUACCUCUUUUGGACACUAGUGUCAUUUAGGUACCACUGUCGACUAUAUAAUGAAUGGCGUCGGACCAAUCAGAGGGUGAUUCUCCUCAUUCCAAAGUCUGUCAACAUACCCUCCAACCAGCAGUCCUUGCUGGGCCUCCACUCAGUCAAGAGGAACUCAAAGGAGACCAUUGUUUGACACUCUGUGUGACUGCUUGGUUGGUUCAUUGUUUGGAGAUUGGAAGGGCCUGCACUGGGGCGGUGCACUGAGCCACCCCUGGCCCAUCCUUAACCUAAGGGUCUAAGAACACCAGAGCCAUGGGAACACAUUGCCCAAGCAACACCUCAUCUGCCCGAAGAAAGUAAAGGCUUUUGACUUCAAAUCAUGGAUGCUGCACUGGUAUGAUACUUGCUAAGCUGCCAAACAUGUUUAUUUAGCAGAUACUGUAUGGAAUUUUCCAAACACCUCUUUAACCUAUGAGGAAGGUUGUCUCACUCAGAAGAUGCAAUUAAAUUCUUCCUUUUUUUAUUACUAUUUCAAAUAUAUAUAAAUAUAUAUUAAACUUAGAUGGUAAUCAAAAUCAAAAAACCAAUGUAAAAACUGGUUUCUUGGUUUGGAUGGGUUUUAUUCGGGUGAGUUUUCUGUUUCCCAGUUUCUACAGUGGGUUCUUUUGGGGCUAUUUGAUAGCCUGAGUGGUCUUUUUCAUGUCUCUUACUCAAGGAGAGAUCAAAAUGACUGUGGAGCAAGUCAUAGGGAAGGAUGCUUUGUACUAAACUUCAUUCAAGUAUUCAGUUUUUAAAGGGAAAGGGUGUUUCACUUUCCAUGCACCUGUGAGCUGUUUAUUUAAAUAUCAUUAAAGAAGGAAAAACAAUAUGUUGAGAAGCAAGCUCCUUGUAAUUUGUUUGGUACUGACAGCUGAGAGAAGCUAUUUUCUAAUAAUAAAUAUCCAGUGUGUGAAAGACAAACAUUGCUGAUUGCAAUAUUCUUUCUUUUCUUAAUCGCAAACCUUGUGAAGCUUCCCAA